UCGUGAACAGUAAACCAGGGCCUAUGGCGACAGCGGCGACACAAAACGCAGCUCCAGCAUCUACAGAAACUUCCCCGUUCCACUAAUGAAAAAUGAGGCGGCAGGAAAAAGCGACAAACUGCUCAGAGGCAUUCUCCAGCAUCUUCACGGCUAUGUCGAGCAAGAACUCAAACCUACACAAUUAAAAAAGACACUAGGCCUCUUUCACCAGUUUUCUCGAAGACUCUGACGUUCACCGGUGCUUUCUUAUUUGGGAUUUGUUCUUGGAGAGCAGUGAAAAUGAAUCGCAGGAAGAGUGGCGCUCCCUUCUUCCUCUGCUUCGCCCUGUGCUUCGCGAGCGUUUGUGAGGCUGCGGCGCUGGAUGCGCGCCUCGCGCGAGAGCAGCCUCCACGGAACGGGACCUCCGUCCAUAUCCCAGCAUACAUGAUGGCCCUGUACAGGACUUUAUCCGAGCUGGACCGACGAGGGGCCAACGACAGCCUGGCCCGCUUCAGGAGACACGCCAACACGGUGACCAGCUUCAUAGAGCAGCGCCAAGAUGAGCCCUCGGACGGGUCCCAUCAGCGCUAUAUCUUUGACCUCUCUGGCCUCUCCAGGAUGGAGGAGUUGAUGGAGGCAGAGCUGCGGGUUCUGCGGAGGCCUCCACCUGACAUUGGGAAAUUACUGUCCCAGGGAGGAAGCCUGUACCGCCUCCUCCUCUACAGCUGCUCCCGUCUUGGCUCCUCAGACAGGCCUCUACUACUCACCUCACGGACCAUUGACAUUCUGGACACCUUCUCAGCCACAUGGGAUGUGUUUGACAUCCUUGCUAUUGUGAAGGCCAGUCGCAAAAAGCGCAGGACAGCUCGAGGAAGCAACUUUGUAUGUUUUAAUGUCGCUGUUGUUUGCGACUCAACAAAUGAAGCAGUGUACCCUCCAUUGCUGGGCCUAGGAGGGGAAGCCCAGGGGGGCCAAGAGAGGGCCUUGCUAGUGGCCUUUUCCCGCACCCGAAGGAAAGACAAUCUAUUCAGGGAGAUCCGUGAAAAGAUGAAGGCCGUUCAGAAUGGGAGCCCACCAGGGCCAACAUUUGAGGGAAGCAGCCGGCCCAGGAGGCGACGGAAGAGGAGGACAACUCUAGCGGGACGUUCCAGUGGAACAGGGGGUGGUGGUGGUGGGGCUGGAGGAGGUGCAGGCGGGGCAGGUGGUGGGACAAAAGGAGGAGGAGGUGGUGGUGGAGGUGGCAGGAGGAGGACCCGGUGUAGCCGAAAGCCGCUGCACGUCAACUUCAAGGAGCUGGGAUGGGAUGACUGGAUCAUUGCACCGCUGGACUAUGAGGCAUAUCACUGUGAGGGUGCCUGUGACUUUCCCCUGCGCUCGCACCUCGAGCCUACCAACCAUGCCAUCAUCCAGACCCUCAUGAACUCCAUGGACCCAGAGUCGACGCCACCCAGUUGUUGCGUACCCUCCAAACUCAGCCCCAUCAGCAUCCUCUAUAUUGACUCCGGCAACAAUGUGGUUUACAAGCAGUAUGAGGACAUGGUGGUGGAGCAGUGCGGCUGCAGGUAGCAGCGUGAGAACGGGGCUCGACUUUGCGACCCCUAAGAACUCAGAACCCAAAGCAGCCUCUCCUGAGGCCUAACACAAGCACUGUGAGGCUCAAAGAAAUGAGUCAAAAGCACUAUUCGACCUGGAUUAGUUUUGUCACGGGAGGUUAUAUAAUGUUUUUUGUAAAACAAAAAUUUGAAAUGAUUUUAGUAUCUGCAUAAUUUCCCCAAAUUACCACAGCAUGGACUGUAAGGUUGUUAUUCAGAUACAUGUUAUGUACAUGAUGCUAAUAACAAAAAAUGGCUAAAAAAACAUUAACUAAUGUAUCAAGGCAUAGGCUGUGUCUGUUAGCAUGUUUUGUUAUUACAUUACCAUGAGAUCAGUUAGAAAAUGAAUACUGUUAUUGAAGGAGCUCCCUGUUCAGCAUAUUUUAGAGGUCAACUCUGGACUGUGACUAUUCAAAUUAUAGAAGUAACUCUAGACUAUGGCCAUUUAAAAGGUAUACAGGGUUAAAUUCAUGGAUCUCGUUCAUAAGCACUUCGUAAAUCAUAGUACCUUCCCAGGUCAAACUAAUCCACCUCAAAUAGGGCUGCUACAUUCACAUUAGAGGGCACAACUAGCACAAAGCUGUCUUUCUGCCUAAAUGUGAAAGAUCUGAUUUUAUCAGUUCAGUAUGAACACACAAAUCAGAUAUUUUUUAAUCAGAUUUGAACCACUUUCAUAUGUGGUCUUACAUAUCCAAUAAAUGGUCUUGUGACUGUAUUGAGAAGGGUCAAAUCAGAGCAGAUAUGGCUCGUAAUGUGAACGUAGCCUGAAGUGCC